GUUGCUAAAUAUGUUAAAGCAAGUGGUAUCAAAUUCAUUUUACAGUUGAGAGAACCCUUAGUGAGAAAAAGAAUUAAAAAGAUACCUGCUUUUUGUUAAUUAUAAACCCAUUUCUAAUACAUAUAGAAGCAUACAAAUGCUUUGCCAUCCAUAAAAAACCAUAGAGAGGUAGUAUUUUAUCCUCUAAGAGUUCAGAGGUAGAAAAGAACACAUACAGAGUGCAAGAGAUGUCAGGGGAUGCUGUCUAUUUUCUACUGGAUAAACUUGAAAUUUGGCUAGAGGCAGAAUGGAACUUGCCGGCGAAGAUUAACAUGGGGGUCCAAAGCUUGAGAGGUGAACUCAAAACCAUUGGCGCACUUCUGGAGGAUGCUGAUACAAAAAGAGAGCACAAUCACCUAGUCAGUGUCUGGCUUCAACAAGUCCGAGAUGGAGCUUAUGACAUUGAAGAUGUUCUUGACAUUUUUACUUUUCACAUGGCUCAACAGUAUAUUAGCCACGGCCUUGAGUCCCUCACCAAAUGGAGAGCACGCCACUCCAUCAAUGAACUAAUUGAAGAAAUUGACAUGAAACUCACAAGCAUCAAAGAGACAAGGGAGAGAUAUCAUAACAUCCACUACCCCCAAGCCUCAAGUCCAACUACUGGAAACGACACAUACCUUCAUCCAAGAAUGGCUUCUCUGUUUGCUGAAGACACUGAUAUUCUGGGGAUUGAAGAACCUAAGAAGAAACUGGUUUCUUGGGCACUAGGAGGGAGGCAUAGUCUCCAGGUGAUGUUUGUAGUUGGGAUGGGAGGAUCGGGCAAAACAACUCUUGUUAAGAAAGUGUACGAGAGGGUGAAGGACGAAGGGUUUGAGUGCCAUGCUUGGAUCACUGCUUCAAGGUCAAGAAAGAAACGUGAGAUCUUAUGGAGGAUGUUCAAUGAAUUCUGCAAUCAACCGGUUGAGCAAACUCCCCAGAGUUUCUCCAACGUCGAGGUUGACCUGGUUGACCUAACGAACAAACUAAGGGAGCAUCUGCAAAACAAAAGGUAUGUUGUAGUUUUUGAUGAUUUGUGGAUUAAAGAUGUUUGGGAAACCAUUAAAUUUGCAUUACCUGGAGGUAAUCACAGUAGAAUAAUUGUCACUACGCGAAGAGGCGAUAUAGCUUGUUCAUGUAGAGAUGACUCUACUGGUGUCUAUAACAUCCAGCCUCUUCCUAUGGAAAAGGCUCAAACACUCUUUUGCAAGAAGGCUUUCCCAGGAAGGAGCAUAUGUCCUUCAGGGUUGGAGGACUGGUCCCAAAGAAUCUUAACAAAAUGCGAAGGAUUGCCACUUGCAAUCAUUGAACUAGGUCAAAUUCUGUCAAAUAAAGAGAAAUCUGAAUCUGUAUGGAAAAGAUUGCUUGAAAGCCUUGGAUCAGAGUUGAGCAGAAAUGGCCGCCUUUCAAAUACCAUGAGAGUACUAUCUCUAAGUUAUAGAGACUUGCCGUACCAUCUCAAGUAUUGUUUUCUAUACUUGAGCAUUUUUCCCGAGAAUGAUUAUCCAGUUAGGUGCAGAGUAUUGAUUCGGCUGUGGAUAGCAGAGGGUUUUAUAAGAGAACAAACAGGCAAAGAACUUGAAGACAUUGGAGAGGAGUAUCUAAAAGAACUCACCGACAGGAAUCUGAUACAAAGUGAAUUGGAUUUUGAUGGGAGGCCAAAAACUUGUCGGGUACAUAAUCUCAUGCAUAAGAUUAUUCUCUCAAAGUCAAGAGAGGAGAAUUUUUGCAAUGUUCUCUCAGAUUCACAGAGAAACAUAGGUGACAAACCCCGCCGAUUAUCUAUCCAAAGCGGUGGAUUCAACAUGUUGCAUAGGAACUUUAAUUGUGUUCGCACACUUUUUAUGUUCGGUGUACCCUACAGCUCCAUUCCAGAAUCCUCUUCAAGCGUGAAAUUAUUGAGAGUUCUGCAUCUGGAAGGUGCACCAUUGGAGGAAUUUCCUUCGGAAAUUUUGGAGUUACUGCUCUUGAAGUAUCUGUGUUUGAGAAAUACCAAUAUCAAAAGCGUUCCCAAGUCUCUGGGGAAUCUUAGGUACCUAGAGACCUUGGAUCUUAAGCAAACUAGAGUUACAAAGCUGCACAAAAAAGUACUCAAACUUGAGACACUUCGGCAUUUGCUUGUUUAUCGCUAUGACAUAGAACAUUAUACCUCUUUUGAUUGUGUUAAAGGAUUCGAGGUAUCAGCAAAGAUCAAGUCACCAAACUUGCAGAAGCUAUCAUUCAUAAAGGCAGAUAAGCAUCACAAAGUGAUUCACGGACUACGAAACCUGACACAACUAAGAAAGUUGGGGAUCAUUGAUCUUCCAGGAGAAGAUGGGUCAAAAUUGUGCGAGUCAAUUGAACAGCUGCGAAAACUCCAAUCCUUGAAUGUAACAUCAAUACGAAAGGAUGAAGUUGUAGAUCUACAAGCAAUCACCAAUCCUCCACCACUUCUUCGACGCCUGUAUCUGAAAGGGCGAUUAGAAAGGUUACCAAUUUGGAUUUCCAGACUUCAUGACCUGGUAAGGAUACGUCUUAAGUGGUCCAAGUUAACACACUACAAUAACCCCAUUGAUAUCCUUCAACAUCUUCCUAAUCUAUUGGAGCUCCAUCUGCUCGAUGCCUAUACUGGAAACCAGUUAGAUUUCACUGCCAGAAAAUUUCGGACUCUUAAGAUCUUGGAACUUGAGCAAUUGGAACAAUUGACAAAUGUCAGAAUGGAAGGGAAUACCUUACCUCGCCUCCAAAAGCUGAUUAUAAGGCAGUGCAGUAACCUGCAGCAGAUUCCAGAGGGUAUUAAUCACCUCACUCGCCUCAAAGAGCUUCACUUGUACGAUAUGCCCAACAGAUUUGUGGCCCCACUCAAGAAUGGUGGAACAUUGAGUCAUCUGGUUUGCGAUAUCCCAAACAUCCAAUGUUAUUACCUCGCGAGGAAUUGGGCGCCAGAAGAUCUCAAUCUCAUGGCUAAUCCUAUUUGAUUCAUAGUCCGACUCUAUGAUGGGAGCACAUACACAGUAAUCAGGUCAGCAUAACCACUAUCAAGGUAAGGAUUCAAGCAAUGGCUGUUUUUAUAUCAAAGUGAUGAGGCAAAGAUGGGUGUGAUGUGCUUUCAUAGAACUGAGAUGACGCCAAUAAUUCAGAAAACAUGGACAACAGGUAAAUGAAAAGUUGUGGCACCAUUCAGUGAUGUAGAAGAUCUAGCUAAUAACGAUUACAUAUAAUUUCAUUGUUGAACUUCUUAAGUUUAUUGCAUUUGGGUUACGAAGGACUGUAACAGAUUUGGGUUUGGAGUUCUCUUUCUUCCUUGGUAAGCGGUUGGGAGUCUUUUUUGUGUAAACUGAUUGUUCAUUUUGGAUGAUGCAUUGAUCAAAGUUAUUUUCAUCAAAAACAUAAUUAUAUGUUUCUUUCUUUCU